AUGGAACCUUGGAAAUACUCUUUUCUUUAUUAUAUAUUUAUUUUUAUAUUUUGUUAUUCUUUAAAACUACUUUUAAAUAAAGUUUAUAGUAAAGAAAAUUAUUAUAGUCAAAUUUUUUAUGAAUUAAUUGGUACAAUUCAAAUAUGUUCACCAUCUUUUGAUGUUAUUUUUGUUUUGACACAUUAUGGAAUAUUUGGUUUUUUUAUAGAAAUAACAUUUCUUGAGUUAUUAAAUAGUUAUUUUUGUAGGGAGGCUUUUGCUGACCCAAGUCAAUUGGUAAUACAGUUAUAUAAAAAUAAAGAUAAAAAAUGGUUUUGUAUUUUGUUAUCUACUCAACUAGUUGGGGGGUUUCUUUCUUUUUAUGUGGCACGUUGUUGGUGGUCAUUUAUUAAUCAUCCAUCAUACUAUGAAUAUCUUAUAAAUUCAACCUGUCAUAGUCAUUUAAAUGUUUCUAUUUUAAAUGGUAUGUUAAUUGAGGGAUUAGGUGUUGUUGGAAUAUAUUAUAUUUUAAAAUUUAUUAAUAAGAAUGUUAAAAAUACAAUGAUUGCCAAUAUUUUAUCAGCAAUGAGUGUAGCAUCUGUAUGUGUUGGUGGAUUAAAUUUUACUGGAAUGUAUGCUAAUCCCAUAAUAGCUUGGUCUUGUACAUUUAAUUGUCAAGGAUUAUCACAUUUUGGUCAUUUUGUUGUUUAUUGGAUUGGUCCUAUAUUAGGAAUAUGUGCUAUAUCUGGAGGAAUAGAUAGUGCAGUUUCAGGAUACAUAUUACAAAAAAAAGGUUUCAAAGUUACUGGAGUAUAUAUGAAUAAUUGGGAUCCAUUAGAAGAGGAUAAUUCUAAUUGUAAUAAAGUUAAAGAUGAAGAAGAUGCAAGAUAUGUAUGUGAUAAAUUUGGAAUUGAAUUUCAUAAAUUAGAUUGUGUCAAAAUUUAUUGGAAUCAAAUUUUUGUGGAUAUGUUGGAUAAUUAUACAAAAGGUAGAACUGUAGUUCCUGAUGUUAUGUGUAAUAAAAUAAUCAAAUUUAAUGAAUUACAUCGAUUUUGUAAAGAAAAAUUUGAUAUAGAUUAUGUUGCUACCGGUCAUUAUGCUCAAAAUAGUUUAGGAAAUUUUUUAGAAAAAAUUAUAUAUAAUAAUAGUAAAGAAAAAGCUAGAUUAUUAAGGGCAUCUGAUCCUGUCAAAGAUCAAACAUACUUUUUAGCUUCUCUAAAAGAGGAACAAUUAAGAAGAUCUAUGUUUCCAAUUGGGAAUUUACUUAAAAGUGAUGUUAGAAAAAUUGCUAAUGAUAUUGGAUUAGAUAGAUUAUUAGAUAAAAAUGAAAAACCAAAAAUAGGGAAUAUAAUUGAAAUUGAAAGUAAAAAUAUACUUACACAACAUAAUGGUAUUCAUAAUUUUACAAUUGGUAAAAGAGUUCGCCUCCCCCACCAAAUAUAUCAGUGUCAUGAUGGUUUAUUUGUAAGUAAAAUUGAUAGUGAAACAAAUACAGUAUAUGUAUGCCGUGGAUCUAAUCAUAGUAGUUUAUAUUCUAAUUCUUUUAUUCUCCAUAACACUACAUUUAUAAAUGAUAAUAUUUCUAAUUUUUCAAAUGUUAAAUGUUUAAUUCAACGAAAUCAUCCACCAGUGGAAUGUCAAAUAAAACAAUUAAAUGAUAAAUUUUUACAAUUAGAUUUAAAAUAUUAUUUAAAAUCUGUGGCAAAUGGACAGUUUUGUGUUUUUUAUAAUAAAAAUGAAUGCCUUGGUGGUGAGUAUGGUUUGGCUGAAAAAGAUUGGGGUAAUCCUUGUGCUAAUGAUGCAUAUCGCCUACCACCAGAAUCUUUUAGUAAAGAUAUGAUAAAUAAAUUAAAUAGAGAUAUUAUGAUGAAUGAUGAAAUUAUGAAUGAUGAAGGAAGAUUAUUAAAAUAUAUUUUAUAUAAUUAUGAUAAGGCAGUCAGACCUGUUAUUAAUGCUACAACAUCAGUAAAAGUUUUUUUAGGAUUAACAUUAACACAUAUUUUUAAUAUUGAUGAAAGAAAUCAAAUAAUGGAAGUUAAUAUAUGGGUUGAACAGUUUUGGAAUGAUGAAAGAAUUCGUUGGGAUCCUCUUGAUUUUGGUAAUAUAACAAAAUUAACAUUACCAACAAGUUGUGUAUGGACACCAGAUCUUGUUAUUAUAAAUAAUGCAAGAGAUUUUUCAAGGGGUUUUGUUGAUACAAAUCUUCAUAUAACUUAUAAAGGUGAAAUGCAAUGGGCACCACCAGCUAAAGUUUAUUCAUUAUGUAAAUUAGAUGUAAGAUUUUUUCCCUUUGAAGAUAACAUUUGUUUUAUUGAAUUAGGAAGUUGGGUUUAUGAUAAAAGUCAACUUGAGGUAUUGAUUGUUAAUAGAGAACAAGGUAAGAAUGCCUUUACAAUUGAUUCAUUUAUGGAAAAUGGAGAAUGGGAAAUUGUUAAUAAUAGAACAAUUAAUCAUACUAGACAAAGAAAUGGAUUUUAUUCAUCAAUUAAAUUUGAAUUACAUUUAAGAAGAAGAAUGUUAUAUUUUAUUUAUAAUAUAAUAGCACCAUGUGGAAUGUUAUCAAUAUUAACAUUAUUUCAAUUUAUUUUACCAUGUGAAAGUGGUGAAAAAAUAACACUAGGAUUGACUGUUCUCCUUGCUUAUUCUGUUUUUAGUUUUAAUAUUGCAGAAAGUAUGCCUGAAACAUCAGAAGCAAUACCUUUAAUAGCUAUAUAUUUAAAUGCAAUGAUGGGUAUAUCAGGAUUAAGUGUAGGAUUUAGUGUAUUAGUUUUAAAUAUGCAACAUAAAGGUGAUGGUGUUACAGAAGUACCAAAAUGGAUGCAUAAAUUAUGUUUUACUUUUUUAUGUAAAAUUUUAGCAAUUAAAUUUCCUUCAAAAAUAAAUAAUAUUAAAGGAAAUGAUAAUGGUAAUUAUCGUUUAACAAUUGCAACAAAUGAAUUUGAUGUUAUUAGGACAAAAAUAAAAAAUGAAUCUGAUAUGGAACGCCUCCGAGAAGAAUGGCAUCGUGUUUCCCUAAUUUUAGAUAGAUUUUUCUUUUUUUUUGUCCUAUUUUUAACAGCCUUAACUAGUUUUAUUCUUCUUAUAAUAUGUCCAAGAUACGCUCAGAGAGCUUUUGAUGAUGUAUAA